AUGAUCGACACUUUUGAAAUAACAAAAUUGUGUUUUUCUGAACACAUGAGCAGUCACCUAAUAAAAAUGGGAUCUUAUAAUAUUUUAUGUGACGUACCUUUAGAUAUGAAUGAAAUAUUAGAAAUUCGUGAGACCAUACCAAAGGAGAUUAAUAAAACCAAUGUUAUUUUGGAUAAUAAUAAUAAUAAUAAUGAUGAAUAUUCGUCUUAUAAUUCUGACAAUAGACAUAACGAUGGAUACAUAAAUAUCAGUAAUUUAGAAACUUCUCCAGGUUUGUCAAAAAAAUUAUUAUUAAACAUAAGUUAUAUUCCUAUGAAGAUUCAUAUUAUAUUAAUUUCUUGUGUAGAAGGUUUUAUGGGUUUACCAAUAUUAUGUAAAUAUUUAGAUUUUAGAGAUACGCACAUAAUAUGUACAAAACCUGUGUUUACCUUUUCCAUGUGUGCUGUAGAAUGUUUACAAAAACAAGAGAACUAUAUACCUGAAUGGGAUGAUGAAAAGAUCAACAUAAAAAAUAUGGAUACAUCCCAAAUAAAAAAUGAAGAAUAUUUUCAUACAAAAUGGAAUUUUAAAAAUUCUUUACAUCUAUUGUCUUAUAAAGAAAAUGUUUCGUUUAAACAAUGUGAUGAAAUAUUAAAUAUCACUCUAUGUAGUAGUGGUCACUCAUUAGGGAGUUCAAAUUUUUUUCUAUCAACAGAUUAUUUGAAUAUAUUUAUUGUAAAUAAAAGUUCUUAUAAUAUUAAAAGACAUACUUCUUCCUUUGAUUCAAGUAUGUUAAAUAAAUGUAAUUUUGUUAUAUUCACUUCAUUUUUAUUAUCCAAACAAUUACAAUAUUAUGUAGACCAAACAGAUCCUCAUUAUAAUAGCACAAGCUGUUCUCCACAAAAUAAUGUGGAUAUUAAUCAUAAUGAAGCUAAUAGUAAUAAUAACCAAACAUGUGAUAAUAAUAAUAAUAAAAAAAUAUUUGAUAAUAAUAAUAAAAAAAAAACAUGUGAUAAUAAUAAUAAAAAAAUAUUUGAUAAUAAUAAUAACAAUCCAUGUGAUAAUAAUAAUAACAAUCCAUGUGAUAAUAAUAAUAAUAACCCGUGUGAUAAUAAUAAUAAUAAUAAUAAUCCUAUUUGUAGCAAUGAUCAGGCCACGCAUUCUCCCAAAUCAUCUAACACAACACAGGCACAUAAUAUGAAACAAUUAAUACUACAGAAAAUACAAAUACAUAUAGAAAAAUCAUAUAAAGAUAGCUUAAACAAAAUAUGCUCACUUGUAUUAAAAACAAUAAAAAAUAAAGGAUGCGUAUUAAUACCUGUUGAUUUACAUUUUCUAUAUUUUAUAGAGUUAAUUGAAUUAAUUGGAGUUAUUAUAAGUAAACAUCUACCAAAAGAAGAGCAAGUGUUGAUUUUUAGUGUUCUGUCAAAUAUUCAAGAUGUCAUACAUCAAUUAAAUUUAUUUGCUGAAUGGGUCGAAGAAUCACGUAAAAAAAAAUGUAGUAAAAUAUUGAACCCUCAAGGUCCAUUUUCUAUAGAUAUUAUGAUUAAAAAUAAUAGAUUGAUUAUAGGAAAUAAUAUUAAUGAUAUAACUAAACAAUUUAGAUAUCCAUGUGUUUGUUUUAUACAUGACUCUUCAUUACGAUUUUUUGAAUCAUCAUUGUUAUUAGAAAAAUGGGCCAAUGAACAAAAUAACACAUUAAUAUUAGUAGACCCUUUUUAUGAUCCUAUAAAAGUUCUAUAUCCUUUUAAAAUAUAUGAAAAAAAAAUAAAUGUCCAUUAUUGUCCCCUUUCAUGGGAUCUUAAUGAAUUUCAUAUAAAAGAUAUAAUUAUGAGUAAUACGAAAAAUGUAAAUGUUACAAAGGAUACAUCUCAUAAGAAUAUAAAUAAUAAUAUAAAUAAUAAUAUAAAUAGUAAUAUAAAUAGUAAUAUAAAUAAUAAUAUAAAUAGUAAUAUAAAUAAUAAUAUAAAUAAUGAUAUAAAUAAUAAUAAAAGUAAUAGUAUUAAUAAUAAUGAUACACAUGUGUGUGUUUAUAUCUUGCCCGAAACAUCCAAGCAUAUUUUUACAGAUAUAUAUCAAAUGUCCAAAAACGAACUACCAUUAGCAUAUCAAAAUGUUACAAUUCAAAAAGACAAUAACAAUUAUAAUAAUCAUAAUAAUCACAUAGACAUAGAUCAAGACACAUUUCGCAAUAUUUUAUUCAUACAACCAUUUGAAAAAAAACAAAUAGCAUUCGAUAAAUUUGAAAAUUUCAACCAAAAAAUGAUACCUGUACGUUUUUCUCCAGGAGAAACAAAAAAAUUAGAAAGGAUUCUCAAAAAAGUAGACGACUUUUUCUGUGCCAAUAUUAAAGCUCAAUAUACUUGCUCAUUCAUCGGGGACUAUAUAGAUGAAGAUCAUAUAGAAGAAUUUAAAGUAGAUGAACUAGAGGGGCAAAAUAAAUAUGAAAUAAUAAACGAUGAACAACAUGAUAUUUCAAAUGAACAACAAAUUAAAUUAAUGGUGGGCUCUAUAAAUGUAGAUGUACUUACAAGUAAUUUAUUACAAUCUGGAUAUAAUAAAAAUGACAUCCUUGUCGAGUAUCAACAAAACCAAGAAAAAGACACUGACACAAAUAAUAACGUUAUAUGGUCCAUUACAAUCAACUCUAUUAAAUCCAAAAUUAUUUGUCACGAUCAAUAUGAUAUUGAAGUCUGUACAAAUAAUAUAGAAUUUAGAGAGAAAGUUAAGGAGAUAUUUUACAAAUUAGUAAACCAGAUAAUAGAAUGA